AUGGAUCUCCAAGAUCCAAGUGUCCUCACUCAUAACGCUACAUAUACAUGGGAACCAAACCAAACAAACCAUUUACACCACGCCAACACAGCAUUGCAAGUCACCCCGGGUCAAACUCACUUGACUUGUGAGAUGCUUUAUCGCUACUGCAGCAUGAUUUUCAUCAUCCCCAACCAUCGAAGAUGGGCAUUAUUCCCUCUCCGCCAAAAUGGGUCAACAAGCCGCCAUAUGCUUCGUGGAGACAGCCCAAACCCCGUCCACCCAGGCAAUUACAUUGUCCUUGACUAUCAAUACCAAGGCCCGAUCACCGUCCAGCUCACCAGCGAGUGCGCACCACGUCGUGUCACCACCCAGGACCAGAGCGAUCGGUCUCAAGGGCGAAGUGAAAGAGAACUAUUGCAGUCACGGCUCCGAAGCAGUGUUUGUGCGAGAGACACAGUUUGUGCAAUCACGAAUAAUGGCCCUGCCUAUCCAGACCCUAACAAACCAUAUGAGGGUCUGGAAGCCUGCCACAUAUUUCCUACAAGCCAACUUGCAGAGUGGAACCGAAACAAUUACCGACGCUACAUUACCGAUACCAGUCCUGCAAACCAAAUUGGACAAAGUGGCCUUUACUCCCCUCAAAACGCGCUUCUUCUCUCCCCUGAAGAGCAUCGAGCGUUCGAUCAGUUCAAAUUAGGGGUGGAUCCGGAUGAUGGUUACAAAAUAAUCGUUUUCGGGCCAGACCCAAAAAAAACCGGAGGGAAACGCCUCAGGCGGUCUGCCAGAUGUGGUACUAAUCCAAACGACCGCGUCAGUGCAGAUCUUCUGCGUUGGCAUCUGAGGAUGUGUGUGUACCGCAAUAUGAAAGCCAAUGCUGAGCCUCGGUCGCUGUGGAAAGAAGAUCUCGGCAGCGACGAUAUCGGCCAAAUUCUCGAGCAGCCAGAUGCCGCUGAGAGAAUGGAGGUAGAGCUUUUCACGCGACUCGGAGAAUUGGUGGCUUGA